AUGAGGAGCAGUCGCCGCAAGACGGUAGCAACGGAAACGACGUUUUUAGUCAAGGCCGGCCCUGGCUCGGCACCGAAGAUCACGGUUGAGCAUGUUUGGCGCCAGCAUCGGGCACUGUUUUAUCAUGGCCGAUCCGGAUCUCAUUCAGGGACACUCCUGUUUUCGCCUUGCCCCAGAUCCCCACAUGAUGUGCGGCUUUUGGCUCUGCUACAGCGGAACAGCGGAAUUGGUGGCUGCCUGGACCCGAUGAAUCGGAUUCCGCAAGGGGCUUUUGAAAUCAUGACUGGUCUCUUCCGAGAAAAACAUAAUGGUGGUAGCGGUGGUGGUGGGUUGUCUGGUGGGAUCAAUGGACCAUGGUGUGGUGUCCGGAACGCGGUCGUAAAAAGAGCGAGCGAUGUCGUUGGAGAGACGCGAGUCACGGCAGGGGUUGCAGACGUUUGA